UUAUACGGGUUCUUCUUCCGGGCACGUUAUUGUUGCAUCAGCAUCCAGCCUUUGACUACUGUGACAAUGUCGGCUUCGGGAGAUCCGGCCUUUGAGUAUGGCUUCUUGCUACAGAUAAGUGAGGAGGCUGCACUGACAGUGGCCCUGAAUGACUACCUAACCUCACGCAGCUACCUGGCUGGGUUCAGCCCCACCCAGGUCGACCAGAAAGCCUUUAAGCUCCUCCACAGACCCCCAGAUCCACAACAUGUCCAUGCUCUGCGCUGGUACAGACACAUAGCAGCCCUGCAACAGGACCUCAACCCAGAAAGCAGCAUCAAAGGAAAGCGUGUCCAGCCUCCUUGGUCUCCACCAGCAGGAACAGAUGUUCCUCAGCUGCGACUCUACAACAGCCUGACAAGAGCAAAGGAGCUGUUUGUUCCUCAGAAAGGGAAUAAAGUAACAUGGUACUGCUGUGGUCCUACAGUGUACGAUGCCUCCCACAUGGGACAUGCCAGAUCCUACAUAUCCUUUGAUAUUCUGCGAAGGAUACUGAGGGACUACUUCAAGUAUGAUGUGAUCUACUGCAUGAACAUUACAGACAUAGAUGACAAAAUCAUUAAAAGAGCCCGGCAGAAUUACCUUCUGGACCAGUACAAAGAGAAACAGCCACAAGCUGCUCAAAUACUGCAGGAUGUGCUCAGCGCCAGAACGCCGUUUCAGACCCAGCUGGCUUCCACCACAGACCCGGACAAGAAGCAGAUGCUGGAAAGGCUGGACAGUGCAGUUACAGCCAGUCUGCAACCGCUGCAAGCAGCAAUGGAGAGCAAAGCCGCAGAUGAAGUCAUACGACCUCUGGCACACGUGUUGUUGGAGAAUUCCAAGGACUUGCUGGCAGACUGGUUGGAUAAACAAUUCGGAAGUCACGUCACAGAGAAUUCCAUCUUCUCCCUUCUCCCUAAAUACUGGGAAGAAGACUAUCACAAAGAUAUGGAAGCACUCAAUGUUCUUCCCCCUGAUGUCCUUACUCGAGUCAGUGAAUACGUGCCUGAGAUCGUGGAGUUUGUGAGGAAAAUAGUUUCAAAUGGUUAUGGGUACGAGUCAAACGGUUCAGUAUACUUUGACACCUUGAAGUUUGAUUCCAGUCCACAGCACUCGUACGCUAAACUGGUGCCGGAGGCGGUUGGCGAUCAGAAAGCUUUACAAGAGGGAGAAGGAGAUCUGAGCAUUUCUGCAGAGAGACUAAGUGAGAAAAAGUCACAGAAUGACUUUGCAUUGUGGAAAGCCUCCAAGCCUGGAGAACCAUCAUGGGACUCUCCAUGGGGGAAGGGGAGACCCGGGUGGCACAUUGAAUGUUCAGCCAUGGCUGGCUCUAUCUUGGGGGAGUCGAUGGACAUCCACGGGGGGGGGUUUGAUCUCCGAUUCCCUCAUCAUGACAACGAGCUGGCUCAGUCAGAGGCGUUCUUUGAGAACGAUUACUGGGUCCGGUACUUUCUGCACACCGGACACCUGACAAUCUCAGGCUGCAAGAUGUCAAAGUCUCUGAAGAAUUUCAUCACGAUCAAGGACGCCUUAGCGAAGAACACAGCACGUCAGCUCCGUCUGGCUUUCUUGAUGCAUUCCUGGAAAGACACUCUGGACUAUUCUUCUAACACGAUGGAGUCAGCCGUCCAGUAUGAGAAGUUUAUGAAUGAGUUCUUCCUGAAUGUGAAAGACAUCCUGCGUGCGCCUACUGACAUCACUGGUCAGUUUGAGAAGUGGGAGACGGCAGAGGUGGAGCUCAACAACAGUUUCUGUGACAGGAAGUCUGCCGUCCACGAGGCUCUGUGUGACAACGUGGACACCCGCACUGCCAUGGAGGAGAUGAGAACGCUAGUCAGCCAAAGCAACAGUUACAUUGCCAGCAAGAAGAGCGCCAAACUCAGGCCCAACCGCAUGCUGAUGGAAAGUAUUGCUGCAUACCUCACCAACGUGCUGAAGAUAUUUGGUGCAAUUGAAGGAUUGGACCCCAUAGGUUUUCCCAUGGGUGGACAAAGUCAGAGUGUUGAUCUGGAGAGCACAGUGAUGCCAUACCUCACAGUGCUGUCAGAUUUUAGAGAGCGCGUCCGCAAAAUUGCUCGAGAGCAGAAAGUGACAGAGCUGCUGCAGCUCUGCGAUGUUGUCCGUGACGACAUGUUGCCAGAGCUUGGAGUGCGUCUGGAAGAUCACGAAGGCCUGCCCACUGUGGUGAAACUAGUGGACAAGGAGACAUUACUGAAGGAGAGAGAGGAGAAGAAGAGGAUGGAAGAAGAGAAGAAAAUGAAGAAGCUAGAGGCUGCUAAGAAGAAACAGGAGCAAGAGAUGGCGAAACUGGCCAAGAUGAAGAUGCCUGCAAGUGAAAUGUUUCGCAGUGAAACAGACAAAUACUCAAGAUUUGAUGAAACGGGUUUCCCCACUCAUGACGUUGAAGGGAAGGAGCUCAGCAAGGGUCAAGCCAAGAAGCUCCGCAAGCUCUACGAGACCCAAGAAAAGUUGCACAACGAGUAUCUACAGAUGAACCAAAAUGGCAACUGAUUCUGCCAUUCAGCCAAUCCAUCCACACCGCAGGGAAGAACUAUAGAAUAAAUAAUAAGGCCAGAGCUUCAUUCUGUGUCUCCUCUUCAUCCUAUUUUGGUUCAGGAAACAGACGUGUGUGUGGAUUGUGUUUUGUCCAUUUACGUAACAGUUACAUUUACAUUCCAUAACCUUGCAAUAUGAGAGAAAACCACCACCGGACAUGACUUUGUUCUUGCUCUGUUGGAGUUUGGACGUCUUUCACAACAGUAAAAUCAAAGCAACAGGUAAUAAAGUGGGAUUUUGAUGAUGUGGCGGUGCAGCCUCUGUUAGCAGUGUAUGUUUUUCUUGAAACUCUGUGAUACUGCCAUUUGUUCAAGUAUUAAAGCCUUUUUUUAACAGUUA